AUGGACGCGGCUCUGGUUCCUCUCCUCGUGUCCCUCCUCGCCGUGGCGGCGCAUGCCCCGGCGGCGUCCGCGGCGUCGCGGGCCUUCUUCGUCUUCGGCGACUCCCUCGUGGACAACGGCAACAACAACUACCUCCUGACCACGGCGCGCGCCGACGCGCCGCCCUACGGCAUCGACUACCCGUCGCACCGCGCCACGGGCCGCUUCUCCAACGGGCUCAACAUCCCUGAUAUCAUCAGUGAGCAUCUCGGGGCAGCGCCUGCGCUGCCGUACCUGAGCCCCGAGCUCCGAGGGGUGAAGCUGCUCGUCGGGGCCAACUUCGCGUCGGCCGGCGUCGGGAUCCUCAACGACACGGGCGUGCAGUUUGUGAACAUCAUCAGGAUCGGGGAUCAGCUGCGCUACUUCGUUGAGUACCAGCGCAAGCUGAGGGCAUUGGUCGGCGAGGAGCAGGCGACGAGGAUCGUGAGCGGGGCUCUUGUGCUCAUCACGCUGGGAGGCAACGACUUCGUUAACAACUACUACCUGGUGCCCAUGUCCAUGCGCUCUCGCCAGUACGCGCUCCCGGACUACGUCCGGUUCAUCGUCUCCGAGUACAGGAAGAUACUCGCGAGGCUGUACGAGCUGGGGGCGCGGCGCGUGAUCGUGACGGGGACGGGGCCGCUGGGGUGCGUGCCGGCGGAGCUGGCGCAGCACAGCGGCGACGGCGAGUGCGCGGCGGAGCUGAACCGCGCCGUGGACCUCUUCAACCCGCAGCUGGCGGAGGCGGUGCGCGGCCUCAACCGCGACAUCGGCGCCGACGUCUUCGUCGCCGCCAACACCUACCGCGCCAACUUCGACUACCUGGCAAACCCGCAGAGCUACGGGUUCACGAACGUGAAGGUGGCAUGCUGCGGGCAGGGGCCGUACAACGGGAUCGGGCUGUGCACGCCGGCGUCCAACGUGUGCGCCGACCGGGAGGAGUACGCCUUCUGGGACGCCUUCCACCCCACGGAGCGGGCCAACCGCAUCAUCGUCGGGCAGUUUAUGCAUGGAUCCACGGACUACAUGCACCCCAUGAACCUCAGCACCAUCCUCGCCAUGGACCGGGAGGGCCCUUAAUAGUUCAGUCAAGCUAUGAGUACCCGCUAGUGUUCCGAACGCUCCGAGUUUGAU